ACGCCAGCAUCCAUCUCGCCCACCAGUCAACAGACCACCCUCCUGCAGCCCUUUCGAUACCAGGAACAUUCCAAUCGCUGUCCACUCGCCCACCCUCAGCCUCCUUAAAUCCCGCUGCAUCCAAGCACAAUGGCCUCCCUCUUACUUAUCCCCAAGAUUAUCAUGUCGCUCUACGACCGCACCCGCAAUCGCUCCACCUCGGCCCCGGUAGCUCCCGCCGACGACCUUGCAAAGCCCGUCUCGCUGCCGAGCGCGCCAGCGCAGCCUGUGUCGGACUUGCAGUUCAACCCCGACGGUCUGAUCUCGGAAGAGGUGCUCAAGGGUCUGCCUGAGAAUCUCAAAAUCCGCCCCCUUUCCCGCAGCGACUACGAUAAAGGUUUUGUGGAAACGCUCAGCCAGUUGACCACGGUCGGGAAUCUCACUCGCGAGGUCUUUGAUGAGCGCUUUGCAAAACUGCAAAAGUACAACGAAGUCUACUUUUCAAUCGCCAUUGAAGAUGUUUCGAUUGGAAAAGUUGUGGCUCUGGGAACCAUCUUUAUUGAAGACAAGUUCAUCCACGAGGCAGGCUCGGUUGGCCACAUUGAAGACAUUGUCGUUAACGACUGUGCCCGGGGCAAGAACCUCGGACGAAUUGUCAUCGAGGCUCUGAAAUACAUUGGCCAGAGGCGCGGAGCCUACAAGACCCUGCUGGCAUGCAGCGAAAAGAACAUUGGCUUCUACAACAAGUGCGGCAUGAGCCAGAAGGAAGUGGUCAUGUCGGUGUACUACUAAAAACAACGCCCGAGUUUCACUUCGCCCUGCCUGUGUCCUCACAGCCCACGCAGCGGAUGAGAGGGCCGGGACCGGUGCUGCUCAAUCACAUGGAUCUGAUAUCUCUGCUUCUUGGCCCUCAGAGCUUCGCCCCCCUCCUCUC